AUGCAGGAGUUUCCCUGGAAGAACCACAGCUCCGUGUCUGAAUUCAUUCUUCUCGGUUUCUCCAGGGACUCCCAAGUUAACCUGAUCCUCUUCAACAUCUUCCUCUUCUUAUACAUCUCGACACUUGGAGGCAAUGGGCUCAUUGUCACCUUGAUCCACCUGGACUCUCGUCUCCACACACCCAUGUACUUCUUCCUCAGCGUCCUCUCCAUGCUGGAUAUGAGCUAUGUCACCACCACUGUGCCCCAGAUGUUGGUGCAUCUGCUCUCAGAGAAGAAAUCCAUCUCCUAUAUUGGGUGUGUAGCCCAGAUGUAUAUUUUCCUGGUGCUGGGCAUCACUGAGGGUUGGCUGUUCUCUGUCAUGGCCUAUGAUAGGUAUGUAGCCAUCUGCUAUCCACUCAGGUACAAGGUCAUCAUGAGCCCCUGGCUGUGUGUGGCAAUGGUCAUCUUUUGUGGACUCUGGGGUGUGAGUUGCUCCCUAGUCUACACUGUCUUCACCAUGCGCCUGCCUUAUUGUGGCUCCAAUGAGAUCAACCACUUCUUCUGUGAGGUUCCUGCUGUUCUGAAGUUAGCCUGUGCAGACACAUCUUUCAAUGACCGAGUGGAUUUCAUCCUGGGUUUCAUCCUCCUCCUUGUGCCUCUGUCCUUCAUUCUGGCUUCUUAUGUUCGUAUAUUUGCUGCCAUCUUGAAAAUCCGCUCAACCCAAGGUCGGCUCAAGGCUUUUUCCACCUGCGCUUCCCACAUCACUGUGGUCACCAUGUUCUGUGGACCUGCUAUGUUUAUGUACAUGAACCCUGGGGAGAAUGCCUCCCCAGAGCGGGACAAGAAAUUGGCCUUAUUCUACAAUGUUAUCUCUGCCUUCCUCAACCCCAUCAUCUACAGUCUCAGAAACAAGGAUGUGAAGAGAGCUUUCCUCAAGUUAACAGGCCGGGGUAGAGCUCCUGAGUGA